UUUUUUUUUCUUCUUUAUAUACAUAUAAUUUACUUUCCAUAUGGAAUCAACAACAUCUGAAAAGGCACCAAUUUAUCCUGUUGGCAAUCGCAAGUUCUUUUGUGUAGAAUAUCCAGGUGUUGUCAAGAACAUCGAUCGUGUUUUACAAACCUUUGGUGGCGAAAAAGCAGUUUCUCAGGUUUACAAAAACAAGGAAAAUAACGUCCUCGAAUUACGAUACCGACCCAAUGAUCCUUUUUGCCAUACCAUCAAUGGAUCUAUUGUACCUAGCUCUAGGGUUCUAGUCAAAGUGACACGUCGAAGAAGAAAGGAUCAACCUGAAGAUCCAGGUCAAAUUACAACAGAAUUAAUUGGAACUAUUCCACAAACUUGUCGAUUUAGAGGGAUGGCUGACUUCCAAUACUUGGUACCCAAAGAUGAUCCUUCAAGGAAACUACGAUCAGCUUUGGUUACUGGAGAUACCAAAAGUAUCUUGGAUUAUAAAGUUUCCCUGAAUGAUGAUGAUAUGAACAAUUUACGAAACAUACCACCUCCUGUUUUUACUAACGCAGAAACGCCAUUCAAAUAUGAAUACAAACAAAAUGCCCCGGUGACUCGUAUCCGUGUUUUACAACCUGAUGGAACGUAUGUUACCAAACUUGUCAAUCUAUCUACCACUAAUUCAAUGGAUCGAACUAUUAUCUCCUUCGAGACCAACAAGAUUCCAACUAAACCACCAUCAUCCAAACAUCUUUUUGGCGAUGCAUUGGAACUCAAGGAAAAAAUGGAACAGCUCUACGAGGAUCGUCCUAUUUGGUCAAAACAUGCUUUACGAAGUCGAAUGAAUGUUGAUGAUGACAAAUAUUUCAUGGAGGCUUUAGCAUCUAUUGCAUAUUCUUUUCAAAAUGGACCUUGGCGUGAUUGUUGGGUGAAAUAUGGUGUCGAUCCAAAAGAAGAUCAACGUUAUGCAAUGUAUCAGCAGGUAGAUAUUCGUAUGGGUCAUGCUACUAGCAAUACUGCAUCAAACAAACGAUAUGUGCGUGCGAAACGAAAUCGUGAAUUACCAGUGUUUGCUAAUGAACAAGAACAACAAGAUCCCUCUUCAAGUACUGAAAAUGAUGGUGUACAGACUCCUUCCUACAUCUUUGAUGGCCAUUCUAUACCUACUCGUUCUUCCUGGUAUCAAGUAUGUGAUAUCACUGAUCCAGAUUUUGAUUGUAUUCUUCGUUCUUCCAAGUAUUUGCAUUCUGGUCCUCCAACGAAACGACAUGGAUUCUAUUAUGCUUCGGCAUUUGAAGCUGCAAGAAAUGCCUUGCGUCAAAAACAUCAACAACUAAUGGAAACUGGUCAAUGCGUCCGCAUGCCCAACAUGGAUAAAGGACUUGAUGAUAAGAUACAAAAAGAUAAAGACACAUUGGUCGCACAACCGGAAUCUUCUUCUGCCGCUACUACUACUGUUGAAACGGAUCGACCUACUGAACGGUAUGGGAUUGAUGACGAUACGGAGAUGAAAGCUUUGGAAAGUGGCGAUUCUGAUGAUGAUGAUGAUGCUGGCAAUUUGGUCAGAGAUACUGAUUGGGAUUGACUGGAAUGAUUAUGUAUUAAUGUUAGGACUUUGAACUUUUAAUAAACUUAUAUAAUUUUACAUACACAC